ACCCAACAGAGAAGGUAACGUGAUUUCUGCAAAACUUACCCAUUUCCCAUCUUGUCCUCAACUCAGACUAUAAAUACCAUAUAUAAGCACUGAACUGAACCACUACUCCCAACCGCCUCCAUUUUCUUUUGGGUGAAAAUGGCUCUGCUACUAGUCCCUUUUGUACUUGCUCUCUCCUUCAUCUCCACUAGUCCUGCCUUUGCAGUUGCGCCUAGGCCUCUUGAAGGACUCUUGGACAAUGGAAAUUUUGAAGAACCACCAAAACGAAGCAACCUCAAGAAAACAGUGCUCAUAGGCAAAAAUGCACUGCCCAAAUGGGAAAUCAAUGGCUUUGUGGAGUACAUCUCCGGCGGGCCUCAACCAGGCGGCAUGUACUUUUCUGUAGCUCAUGGUGUCCAUGCAGUUAGGCUUGGCAAUGAGGCCUCAAUCUCUCAGACCAUAAAGGUCAAACCAGGGUCUCUGUAUGCCCUAACAUUUGGGGCAUCGAGAACUUGUGCACAAGAAGAGGUUUUGAGAGUAUCAGUGCCUCCUCAGGCAGGAGACCUUCCUUUGCAGACUCUAUACAGCAGUAAUGGAGGUGAUACUUAUGCUUGGGGAUUCAGAGCCACUUCAAACACGGCUAAAGUGACUUUCCACAAUCCUGGAAUUCAAGAAGACCCUGCUUGCGGUCCACUCUUGGAUGCAAUUGCUAUCAAGGAGCUUCUCCCUGCACUGCCCACUAGAGGUAACCUGGUCAGAAAUCCUGGGUUUGAGGAGGGACCCCAUAGGCUAUUCAACUCUUCCCAUGGUGUACUUCUUCCUCCGAAACAACUAGAUGCAACAUCCCCAAUUCCUGGCUGGAUCAUCGAGUCCCUCAAAGCCGUAAAGUUCAUUGAUGCCAAGCACUUUAAUGUCCCAUUUGGAAAAGCUGCAGUUGAGCUUGUUGCUGGGAGAGAGAGUGCUAUUGCCCAGGUUCUUAGAACAGUUCCCAACAAGCUCUACAGUCUCUCAUUCACUGUCGGUGACGCAAGGAACGGCUGCCACGGAUCAAUGAUGGUCGAAGCAUUUGCAGGCAAGGAUACCUUGAAAGUUCCUUUCAACUCUCAAGGAAAAGGCGGUUUCAAGGCUGCCAGUUUCAAGUUCAAAGCAGCUUCAUUCAGGACCAGAAUUACAUUCUUCAGUUCUUUCUACCACACCAGGACUGAUGACUACGGUGCUCUUUGCGGACCCAUCCUAGAUGAAGUUCGGGUUUCUCCUAUUGCUUAGAUGCUUAGAAGUUCGGGUUUAAUUAGUUAUAUCACCAUAAAACUUUAAUAUCCUUAUAGAGAUUGUGCAACGGAUCUCAUUCCUACGAGUUUUUGUAUAUUUGACCGUUGAUGAGGGCAGAUGUUUUACCAUUAUUGUAGUCUGGACAAGUCUAGAGUACUAUAUUUUAUAACUCUGGUAAUCUUUCCAAUUUAAGAGAAUAUUGGGGGGAGAUUUCUAGUCUAUGUGAAGGUGUGAACCAUGAAUUACUGGCUUACUUUGGUCAUAAUCUACAUCUAAUAAGUAAAACAAUGGUAUGGUAUAUGUUA